GGCAAGAAGGACUGGUGACCGAAAUGUCCCCCCCACCCCAAGAGAAAAUGUCAAUACCCCAGUUUCAUAGACCAUUUGCUGUAUAAUUUCUAUUUCAUUACCCUAAGGGCAAGGUCAUUAGGUCACCAUAAGCCCUCUGCUUUAAGAUGGCUGAGAGGCCAACCUGGGGAACUUAGAUUCUGCCUCAAAAAGAAAAAAAAAUUUUUUUUUCAUGGUUACAUUGAUCAACCCAAUAUAACCACAGUAAUUAAGGGAGUUGGGGCUAGCUCAAUGGUUGUUUACCUGGUAAAUAUUCAGUUCUAGAUUUAAAGCCCUGGGGGAACAGGUCUACCCCGCAGCACAGUGAAGGCUUGGGAUCCAGCUAACCACGGACGGGAACCCUAGAACAAAGGUGCUUCCCGGGGAGAGCUCCCUGGGAAGCCCCUUAAAGCCCAGCCUCUCCCCACUGGGUGGGUGUGAGAGUUGUGUCCAGAGACUCUUGUGAAAGACCUCACCUCAAGAUAGUUCAGCUGGUAAGCCGAGUUGACAAACUCUACCCACAUAACUGCUCAGGAGUUUCAGAUGUUGAGAACUGCUGCUCUCCGCCAGCAGCUGGCAGCCAAGGGGGAGACGGGUAGGGUGAGGGGAGGGCGGAUGUCCCAGGAAUCAUAAGAAACCAGAAUACACAGAUCCAGUUUAGGAUUGAAUGAUUAUAUCAAGGUUCAUACUCUGGGUAUGUGGAAACAAAACUCACGCCAUCUGCAACUAAAUUUGAAAGCCAUUAACUGGGGCGUGUGGUGGCCCACGUCUUUAAUCUCAGCAGUCUGGAGGCAGAGGCAGAUUUCUGAAUGAGUUCCAGGCCAGCCGGGGACUUUUUUUUUUUUUUUUUACCUUGUCCCCCCAAAACAAACAAAUAAAUAAAACCUCUAACUUUAUUUUUAUAAAGCCCUUUUCCCAAAAAGCUUUGGAAAAAAAUAAACAUAGGUCACCUUGUCUAACUGCAGCCUCCAAAUUAAAGGUUGAGUGCGUCUCAUAAUCUCGGACAGAAACCUCCAUCCUCAUUUGCAGUACUGUUAUCUAAAGACUGUUAAUGAGGGGGUAAUCACAUGGUUACCUCCUCAGGACGCUUGCCCACCCAUGGGCCUAUUGCCCCCACAAUACCAAGGGAGCUUAACCGGGUGUUAACAGAGGGAAUAUUGGGUCUUCCUCGCCCAACAUUGCCUCCCACUGGGAUCGUCUGGAACCGCCACCUAGUCCUCUUGGGCUGUAGGGCGACGCUAACAAGUGUUGCUUUGGGAACAGCAAAAGGGAGUAGGUUUGUGCACUAGCUGUUACCUAGGAGACACAUGGAACGAUGAUACCUUCUGUAAUGAGCGUCAGCUCUAAUUGGUCAGGACACCUCACCACCCAAUAGAAACCAGGUCCGCUGUGCACAUGCGCUAGGACGCUAACCCGCAGUCCGGGUCCGCAGUGGGUGAGUCCUUCGGCUGGGGUGCAAAGGGAGAUCGGCUGCCCGGUCGGAAGAGGGAACCCCUGGAACUCUGCGGCACCGGGCUCAAGGAGAGGAACGAAGCACCUCGCGCGUGAGAGACCCUGGAAACGCGCUGUCGUCCUUGCUGAGGCUCACGGGAGACGUAGUCCGAGAGGAGGGGGCCGUGUCUGUGGGGCAGGUGCAGGAUUGGCCAGACCGGUAGGGUAACGCGCAAGGCGGGGCGUUCUGUGAGUGGCGGUGGGACGCGCGGUGUCACUUUCCGGAAGUGCUCCGAGCUCCCGAGGCGCCCCGAGGCGUCAGAGGUGAGCUCACUCCUGGCUGGGCUGGACGAACUCCAAGAGCGCCCCCAAGCCUUCGAACCCAGAACGCUGGGCCCCUUCCUCCUGAAAGACCCUCCCCUUUCCCGUGUCAGAGACCAACACCCUCAACUCUAAGGUUCUCCUUGACAAGACAGGUGCCCCCGGAGAGCCGGUUUCAAUCCAGAACCUAAGGACUGGGACGCAAGUUCCAUUUUACGACUCCACACAACACAGGGCUGUUUGGUUUGGCUUUUGCUUGCUGAAGCAGUGUGUGCAUCAACAGCUACGCUGUGGUCAGCGAGCACUGUCACCACACCCAUAUAGGCCCCUGGGAGCACACCCAGGCUUUCAGCUCUGCCCCAGGUGAUGUACUCGAAUCCUAGAGCCAACUCUUCAGACAACACAACCCGAUCUGCCUUCUGCCUAAAGCCUCGGGGCUCCAGGUCACCUUGGACAAUGGUCCUACCUGUGCCCUCCUGAUCCUUUGUCUGCUGGGGGAGCCACCUUCGUUUCCCAGUAGUCCUCUCUUGCACCCAAUGUUUGAACCAGCCGUUUGCAGUUUCCUAGAAGGUCCUUGGACACCUUCCACCCAGGCAUUUAUCAUUAAGGCAUCCUCCAAGUCUCAACUGCUAUGCGCUUGCACCUCCCAUGACCUUACUUGAAGUGCUUGUGACCUCAGGGUUCACUUUCCUGGCUUCUGGGAGGGGUCUGGUGGGUGCCUUUGGCCUUAGAUGACACUCUGAUUCCUCCUUUUCUGUAGGUCCCUCUUGUCAGCUCCAAAAAGACCCUUCAAAACAAGAAUGCCAUCUCCUCUGGGCCCCCCACACCUAUCCCUCAGGGACUCCAAGACCACCACUGAGGAGCCUGAGGCUGCGCGACUCAGAUUCCGGGGUUUCUGCUAUGAGGAGGUAGAGGGGCCCCGAGAAGCGCUGUCCCGGCUUCGAGAGUUGUGUCACCAAUGGCUGCAACCUGAGUCACGCUCCAAAGAGCAGAUGAUAGAGUUGCUGAUUUUGGAGCAGUUCCUUGGGGUGUUGCCCCCCGAGAUCCAGGCCUGGGUUCAAGGGCAGCGACCAGGAAGCCCUGAGGAGGCUGCAGCCCUGGUUGAGGGGCUGCAACAUGAUCCUGGGCAGCUGCUGGGCUGGAUCACAGCCCACAUCCUGAAGCCAAAGAUGCUUCUUACAGAAGCAAAGACAAAGGAGUCUUCUGGGAGCCACCACGUCGCAGUAGCAAUGGAGUCCUCCAAGGCAGGUCCAGCAGAGGCACCACAGGAUGCCGGGAUAGACAGAUCUACCCAGAUCGAUUGCAGUGUGAAGGAGGAAGCCAGUGCUGAUGGACAGGAGAUGGUAUCCCCAAGUCCCCUCCUUCCAGCCCAGACCCCUGAGGGACAUCUUGGACACCAGGAACCAGUCUCCACAUCCUCCCACCCAGGAAGGAUCCAGAAGGAGUGGGGCCUGUUGGACUCAUCACAAAAAGAGCUGUACUGGGGCGUGAUGCUGGAGAAGUACGGCACAGUGGUGUCCCAGGCAAGCCUGCCGCUGCUAGAGCCAGAUAUACAAGUUGAGUCUGAGCGGAGGCCAAAACAGGAGACCCCACACGCAGGACCGGAGUCCCUCAGGAGCCAUCUCCCAGAAGUGGGAGCCAUUGCAGGUCCAGAGCUAGUUCAAGCCUGCACAUCCUCUCCAAGCGAGAGCCGAAGCCCUUGCAAGGACCCUCCAGGCUUGCCUCCCACACCACUGCUCGAAGCUCCGGUUAGGCCCGCACCUCGGAAGCUGUACACUUGUGAGCAGUGCGGCCUCAGCUUCGAUUGGAAGUCUGUUUUCGUCAUCCACCAUCGCACACACUUGCGUGGGCCGGGCCUGGAAAGGCCACCCCAGAUGUCCCGGGAGCCAGCCAUUCGGUGCUCCACUGGCCUUCGGGGCUAUGUGUGUGUGGAGUGCGGGCGCAGCUUCAGCUGGAAGUCACAGCUGGUCAUCCACCGCAAGAGCCAUGCAGGCCAGAGGCGCCACUUCUGCCGGGACUGUGGGUGCAGCUUUGACUGGAAGUUUCAGCUGGUCAUUCAUAGGAAGAUCCACCAGCCAGAGGGCCCAUGAGCAGCUGGAGAAGGCUGUCUCACCUUGGGGGCCUCCAGCCCCUAGUGCAGCACUCCAGACAUGCCCACCAGUCAAGAGGAGGCUGGGGCGUACCCCCACAUGAAUCAGGGACCCCAAGAAGAUCCCUUGUUCAAAGUCAGACCACCCAGUGUAAGAAGAGGCUGUUUCCUUCUGCCCCUGCUUUAUGAAGUCUGGUCUGGCCUGAACCGUACUAAUCCAUGGCUGGCGUCCGGCUUGUGCAUCUCCCUGCUUCGAGAUGCUCAGAAAUUGCCUUAGGUUCCUUCUUGCAGUGGCUGGGCAAGAUGUCUCUGUGGAAGGUACAGGAAAACCACAGCUGCCUUUCCAUCCUCUUGCAUGUGACCCUCAACUAACAUACUAGAUUUUUAACAUAAGUUAUACGUCUAUAACUAGAAUUGCUGAGGAAGAAUUCUGACUUCUAGCUUCCACUGAUCAAAAGAGCUUGUGUGCUGACUGACCAGCUACAGGAACCACAGGGCUGCUGAGCCCAGACGGUUCAAUUAGUCACCUCUCUCCUCCAGCCUACCUAGUUCCUUGGCCACACACAUUGCUCACCACCCCCCUGACCUCUGAAUUCCUGAACCUGGACUUGGAUGAACAAUAAGGGACUUUCCUUUGGGAGUGUGAGGGGACAUGAGCGGCUUCUGAGAAGGUAGACAACACAUGGGUGCCUCAGGCCAGGCAUGCCUCCAGGUCAGGCCUACAACCCACACAACCAGGUUCAUCAUUAAACUGGAGGGCAAAGAGCUACCCAGGGAACUGUGACCCUCAGAACAGUCACUUAUAACUUGUCAGUGCAUGGUGUUCUAUUAACUGUGCCUGUAAACUAGGUGACUCAAAACAGAUCUGUUUGCUAAUUGUGCCAACAUCAAAACAGUGAAAUACAUCUCACUACAUCAAAGAUGUUAGCAGGGGAGCAGGCUCCACCUGGGAGGCCCAGAGGUUACUUGAGGCCCUUGACUUAUGGCCUCUUUUUCUAUCUUCAGCAGUGGACAGUUGUUUAUCUCCUUGGAUCACUGACUCUCCGAUUUCCACUUACAGGACCUUUGUAGUGGCCUGGGCCCCUUAUAUAUUCCAGGGGUGAUCACCAUCUUCAGGUCAGAUGAUGAGGCACAUUUUAUUUUGUUUGAGACGGAGCCUCCUCAUGUAGCAUAAGCUGGCCUCUAACUGGUGAUCCUCCUGUCUCAGCUUCCUGAGUGCUGGAACUAUAGGCUUGUACCACCAAGACCAGGUUGGUAUUUUUAAAUUCUCUAUAUGUGUGUUUGAGAUAGUCUCGAUGUAAUGUCCAGGCUGACCUCAAACUCUCUGUGGUGGUCCAACCUCAGCCUCCUGAGUGCUGGGAUUAAAGGUGUGCACCAUCAGGCCAGGCUAAGACUUUAAAUACUUUUCAUUUUAAAAUUCGGAAAUAUGGAGCAGGUUUCAGUGUUGUCGGCAGAUCUCUGUUAGUUUGAGGUCAGACUGGUUUCCAUAGUGUGUUCCAGGAUGGACAGGUGCUAUGUAGUGAGAUCCUGUCCCAAAAAUAAGGAUAUAAAUAAGCAAAUAAAUUCUAGAGAUGGGCAUAUCAAAGUGUCUUCUAGAAA